GCUGGAAAGACCUACUGAUAAAUAAAACAUUAUUAUAUGAUCCCCUUAUAGAUUUAUACAUAGGUAUAUCUCUCCUUAAGCGCCUCUUCUCUAGUGUAAACAUCCCCAACUUGGCCAGUCUUUCCUCAUAGCUAAGAUUUUCAAUACCUUUUACCAGCUUAGUUUCCCUUCUCUGUACCCUCUCUAAUACAAUAAUAUUCAAUCUCCCAUAGAAGCUGUCAGACCAUGGAAUCCCUGGCCCUAACCCCACAAUAAAAGGGAGAGAGGAUACUGUUUGCAAAGCUCCAGCCAGAGCUACUCUAUUUUGUCUCCGGGGAGAAUAUUAAUGACAUCAAACACUCUUCUGUUGCAGCUUCUUUUCACGUGCAGUUGCCAGCGUGAGACAAACGCCUGAUGUACUGAAUAUACAAGCAUAUGUGCAUGUAGGGAAGCUCCCUGGUGCCAGGACGUGUUCAGCACUGCUGAGAAUCCACUCCAGAUUUCCCUGGUAGCCUGGCUGCUCCUGGAUCGCAGCAGAAAGAUGUGCUGUGUGUCUCUUUGCCUGUCUCAGUCCAGGAUUUCUUGCCUUCCAGUGUGAGGAGACAGUGGCAGCUGUGCUUAGCUCAAGUUCCCCAUGCUCUUCUCACUGACCAGACACUGUCUGACUGCCCGGGCACAUUCACACCUUGGCUCUGGCAUCAGCCGAGCUCCUCGCAGUAUCCAUGCCUGAUUCUGCCAAUGUGCCGCACAGAGUCCAUGUUAGGAAUAAGCAUCAGAUUCCUGGAUGAGCCUCUGUAUAGUGAAAACUUUUUCCUCUCUGCACUUAGUGGAAAAGGAGCAUAGGGGGCGCCUUUCUCUCAUCUCCUGCACUUAAAGGGGCUUUAAAUUCUCCUUUGGGUUUGGGGGGCAUUUUUUUGGCAUCGCAGUGGAAGUACCUUACUGGGAUAUAUUCUAGGAUUGCGUGUGGAGGAAUUGUCCCUUUGGAUUAUUGUCUUUAGCAGCAUGUUUGGGAUGGAGCCGGUGCUGUGCUGGGGAGCAGUGCUGCUGUCACUUUGCACCGGAGCUGAUGUGAGAGCUCGGAGCUGCAGUGAGGUGAGGCAAGCGUACAGUGCUAAGGGAUUCAGCCUGGCCAGUGUCCCCUACCAGGAGAUAGCAGGGGAACAUUUGCGUAUCUGUCCUCAGGAAUACACAUGCUGCACUACUGAAAUGGAAGACAAGUUAAGCCAACAGAGCAAAUUAGAAUUUGAAAGCCUUGUUGAAGAAACAAGCCAUUUUGUCCGAACUACCUUUGUGUCCUGGCAUAGAAAGUUUGAUGAAUUUUUCAGAGAACUCCUGAAAAAUGCAGAGAAGUCACUUAACGACAUGUUUGUGAAUACUUAUGGAAUGCUAUAUAUGCAGAACACUGAGGUGUUCCAAGACUUAUUUACUGAACUGAAACGUUACUACACAGGAGGCAAUGUCAACCUGGAAGAAAUUCUCAAUGAUUUUUGGGCACGGCUACUUGAACGCAUGUUUCAGCUUAUAAAUCCUCAAUACCAUUUCUCUGAGGACUACCUUGAGUGUAUCAGUAAAUACACAGACCAACUGAAACCAUUUGGAGAUAUACCUAGAAAACUCAAAGUUCAAGUUACAAGAGCACUUAUUGCAGCACGAACAUUUGUCCAAGGUCUCACAGUAGGUCGGGAAGUAGCAAACAGGGUAUCCAAGAUCAGUCCAAACCCUGGGUGCAUUCGUGCAUUAAUGAAGAUGCUGUAUUGCCCUUACUGUCGUGGGCUUCCUUCAGUGAGACCCUGCAGCAACUACUGUCUCAAUGUAAUGAAAGGCUGUCUGGCGAAUCAAGCUGACUUAGACAUUGAGUGGAAUCUUUUCGUAGAUGCCAUGCUGUUGGUAGUUGACAGAUUAGAGGGCCCAUUCAAUAUUGAGUCGGUUAUGGGCCCUAUUGAUGUGAAAAUUUCUGAAGCCAUCACGAGCAUGCAAGAAAACAGUGUGCAAGUGUCAGGAAAGGUCUUUAUAGGAUGUGGCCAACCCAAAUCUCCACCAUUACUGCGGCUUUCGCGAUCAUUUUCACAAAGUAACAACGUUCGGUUCCAUCCCUACAUUGCAGAGGAGAGACCCACAACUGCUGCAGAAACAAGCCUUGAUAGACUGAGGACUUUAUGGAGGACAAUGCAGAAUGCUGUUUUAGAAAUCAAAGACAAAUUGAAGGUAUCAAAGAAAUUGUGGUCGAGUUUGCCACAUGCAAUCUGUAAGGAAGCAAGGAUAACAGGAGAAAACCCAAAUGAAGACAAAUGCUGGAAUGGACACACUAGAGCUCGGUAUCUGCCUGAAAUUAUGAACGAUGGACUUAUAAAUCAGAUCAAUAACCCAGAGGUGGAUGUAGACAUCACAAGGCCAGAUACAUUCAUAAGACAGCAAAUCAUGGCACUCCGAGUGAUUACCAACAAACUGAAGAAUGCAUACAAUGGGAACGAUGUCAACUUCCAGGACACAAGUGAGGAAACCAGUGGCUCAGGAAGUGGGAGUGGGUGCACUGAUGAUAUCUGUCCGACUGAGUUUGACUUUAUCACCACCGAAGCGCCACUUUUUGACUCGGACAGGGGGGAUUUGGACUUUUCUGCAGCAUCACAGAUUAGCCAGUCACAUUUUACAGUGCUAAUAUGUGUGAUCCUGGUACUACAGAGACAAUGGAGAUAAUCUAUAAGAUCCCAGGACUGUUUUAGUUAUAAAUACUAGUAAAUUUUCUUCUUUUCUUACACUUUUUUGGGCAAUGGACCAUUUCGCAACCACUGACGUUUCUACUUAUUACCGCUUUCUUUUGUCUCUCUGCUCCCUUUUAAUUACAGACACCAGUGUUGAGUCCUUAGAGUUUCUUUUUGGAAAAUUGAAUAAAAACACUGAUGAAUAUUCCAUAGAGACCCUUGAGAACAUCACAUUAAGGCUACAAGCAACAUACAAAGAAAAGGUUUCAGAAUAUACCCUUAGAUUUUCAAAAAAAAGCUUGAACAGCAUGUUGUACCAUUCACAGCUGAAUACUGUAUGUCUACAUACAGGGCCAUCAUAACUGGAAAAUGCAUGUAAUGUUUCAGUAAGCUCAGCAUUUUCUGGCACAUCCUGAUUUCAGCUGUAAUGAGAUGGAAGAAUACAUGCAGCCAUUGCUAUCUCAAAAGGAGUUACUGUUACCUGGAGCAGAGAUAACCCGAUGGGAUUGAUCUGUAAGGGAUGCAGAGAAAAUUGCUGCACCAAGGUGUCUGGAAAAUAACCUGUGUAAUAUCAUAUAUUAAGAUCUGUCAAAGAAUAGAAUGUUUUAGAUAUGAGGCAUCAUGCAACAACCAUUUAUUAUAUCACACUGGACUUUAAAAAAAUGUGUCCAUUUGGCCAAGAUUUAAUCUAUUUAUUUUGUAGCCUCCUUUCAUUUUUACUUCCGGGUCAAUGCAUUUUUAUGCCUGGGUGGGUUUCAUCCAUGUGGGGAAGUGAACACUUUUAAGAAAUUGCUCUUAACAUUUCAGUAGAGUUUGAUGCACCUGCAGCCUAUGGAGCACCCAGACCUCAUGCAGACAGACAGAUAGAGAGGUAGAAUGGGCCAGCUGAGCUUUACCAUCUCAUCACUGCAGUCUGACUGGACUGGGCCUAUGUAUGCACCUCUAAAAUAAUUUUGAUAUCCCGGCAUUUUACCAAUAAUUCCAUUUACUUUAUUUUAAACUGAAGCAGUGUGAACAAAGAAAGAAACAAAUACAUUGUCUGCAUACAUGUGUUUAUGCUCCUCUGAGAUAAGCAACCCCUAGUAUUAAGAGUGAUGCAGUAUAUGUUUCAGUUUUGCCGUAUUCUAAAACAAUACAGAUUUAUCUAUCAUUCAGACUCAAUAAGUCAAUUACCUUCUGAAUUACUGAAUUACCCUGUAUGUGCUAGUAAGCUGGUGGAGUUAAAAUAAGAAGAGUAUAACCAGAGUUUAGAAGUUACAGGGUUAAGUUUAUUGCUACCAUGUUGUCAGUCUGUUCUGACACCCUGUCUGAAUUUGGGACUGUUAAGAUACCAGCAGGUAUCAAAGUGCCCAUAUUUACUUAUCAUGCAUUAAAAAAAUACAUGUGUAUCCAUAACUGUAUUAUUUUUAUUCAAAUACAUUAAAUUAGCUUAUCAAACAUGACAUGGUAAAAAAAUAUUUAUACGAAAUCAGCAGAAUAUAUUGCCUUUAAAGGUGACUUUAGGAAGAUUUGGGAAUUCCAAAUUCUUUUCUAUAGUGUGUGUCAAGUAAAAUACACUUGACGUACACUUUAUUAAUGUGACAGGUUACAUAUCAGAUAACAGAUAAGCCCUGUCCAAUAGUGUUUUAUCUGUUAUCUGCUAUGUAACCUGUGCCUUUUCUUCUUUUUUCCAUCUUGCUGCCCCCAUGGCUAUACAGCAGCUUGUUUAUAUAAACUAUAGUAUUAUAUCUAUAUUUCUAUAGCAAAUAUGACCGUUCUACAUGUGCAGUAUAUUAUAUUUUGAUCACUUUAAUACAAUUUCAGUUUUUGGUGUUACUGUUCCUUUAAGAUAGUUUUUGCAUCAUCCUAAAAUCCAUAUAUGUGUCAUAAUGGGGGGCCUGAUGCCCAAGCCAGUUAUUGAUCAUGAGGAGGGAGUGGGCAUGAGAGGAGAGUAGUGACAUAUAGCAAGUGAAGAAUGGAGAUUUAUAUAUUUUCACCCAUGCACCAGUUAUUCUUAUCCAGAGGGACACAAGUUAUUAAUGCCCACCAAUAUGUUCAUGGCUAGGAACAAGUGCAUGGCCGAUGCCAGAAGCGAAUCAUACCAAAAUAUGCAGAUGCCAUGUGCCUACCUCCACCCUCUGGCUGCCAUAAUAAACCCACAAAUGAAAAUAUCACUGUCUAAAUAAUAAUUACCUUCUUAGAAAAUAAGUCCCACUGAGGCUAACCUUACAUAGUUAACAUUUCACAUCCUAAAACCAUGAGGCAACCUGUAAGUAAAGCUAGAGGUACUAUCAUAUUUGACUUAAAGAAGAAGAAAAGCUGCAGGUUAUUGCCAAUAGCCAUAAUAGUGCAAGCUAGAACACUUUUUA